ACGAUUUCAACUAUAUAUCAGGGUGUAUGUUUGACGUCUCACGUCAGACGCUUACUCAUGUUGAAUCUGUGUACCCUAAAGAUACAGAAGCGGUUCAGCGUACCACUGCGGAUACCGAAAGCGGUUUUACUUUGUAACUGUGGAUAACUGAAGCGGUUCUUAUCACAACUGUUGGUAAAACAAGGGAUUCAUAGAAGCAUCCUUCAGAUCAGAAAACGAUCGUUACGAGUGGCUCCUCAGAUUGCACAUUAGUUUGUCUGGUUUUCUAAUUGUAGUCUUUUAUACAGUUAUAUAAUACAAGACCAAAUUUCAACGUCCAUUGCAAGACAAUUAUCUUUGGAAACACUUAUCCACUGCUUGGUACCCGGUACAUCUGAAGUGGCACGGAACCACUGCAAGGAACCCAGUUUAUUUGAAGCACACCUUAACCGGUGAACGGUACCAGUUAUAGCUGGGAUAACCACUUCAAGGUAUCCGACACGGUUUAGGGAACACCCGAACCACUUCAAGGUAUCCGACACGGCUUAGGGAACACCCGAACCACUUCAAGGUAUCCGACACGGCUUAGGGAACACCCGAACCACUUCAAGGUAUCCGACAAGGCUUAGGGAACACCCGAACCACUUCAAGGUAUCCGACACGGCUUAGGGAACACCCGAACCACGUCAAGGUAUCCGACACGGCUUAGGGAACACCCGAACCACUUCAAGGUAUCCGACGAGGCUUAGGGAACACCCGAACCACUUCAAGGUAUCCGACACGGCUUAGGGAACACCCGAACCACUUCAAGGUGUCCGACACGGCUUAGGGAACACCCGAACCACUUCAAGGUAUCCGACACGGCUUAGGGAACACCCGAACCACUUCAAGGUAUCCGACACGGCUUAGGGAACACCCGAACCACUUCAAGGUAUCCGACACGGCUUAGGGAACACCCGAACCACUUCAAGGUGUCCGACACGGCUUAGGGAACACCCGAACCACAUCAAGGUAUCCGACACGGCUUAGGGAACACCCGAACCACUUCAAGGUAUCCGACACGGCUUAGAAAACACCCGAAACACGCCAAGGUGCCCGGCACGGCUUAGGGAACGGCCGAACCACUUCAAGGUAUCCGACACGGCUUAGGGAACACCCGAACCACUUCAAGGUAUCCGACACGGCUUAGGGAACACCCGAACCACUUCAAGGUAUCCGACACGGCUUAGGGAACACCCGAACCACUUCAAGGUAUCCGACACGGCUUAGGGAACACCCGAACCACUUCAAGGUAUCCGACACGGCUUAGGGAACACCCGAACCACUUCAAGGUGUCCGACACGGCUUAGGGAACACCCGAACCACAUCAAGGUAUCCGACACGGCUUAGGGAACACCCGAACCACUUCAAGGUAUCCGACACGGCUUAGAAAACACCCGAAACACGCCAAGGUGCCCGGCACGGCUUAGGGAACGGCCGAACCACUUCAAGGUAUCCGACACGGCUUAGGGAACACCCGAACCACUUCAAGGUAUCCGACACGGCUUAGGGAACACCCGAACCACUUCAAGGUAUCCGACACGGCUUAGGGAACACCCGAACCACUUCAAGGUAUCCGACACGGCUUAGGGAACACCCGAAACACGCCAAGGUGCCCGGCACCACUGAAGCAACACUUGAACCGUGCAGGUAUCCAGGAUAGAUUACGAAAACAUCCGAUUCAACCUAAGGUAUCCGACGCGACUGAAGCAAAACCCUAACCACUUCAUUGUACCCAGUACAGUUCAGGGACCACUUGAACCACUGCUGGGUACCCAGUACAGAUUAGGGAACCACUGCAAGGUGCCCGGUACAAUUGAAGCAACACCUGACCAUCGGAGCACUCAAGAGACCAGGAGGAGCAAACCACGGGUUAGAAAACCGUCCAGGAGGUCACUGGGUCAGCUAGAGUGUCCUGUGUUCCAUUGUGGCCAGCUGAAGUUGCUUCUGUUUCACAACAAAGAAUAUUGCAAAACGCGACAUGGCUACACAUGGCUUGCUGGUGGUACUGUACCAUGCCUUUCAAAUAAUGCAGACAAGUGGCCUGGCGAUCCGAGAGUUUCCCGGAACUCUCGCGUAUAGUGACGCUGACACCUUCUGUCGGUCUCAGGGCAUGAGACUUCCGGUUUUGACGUCACCAUAUUCUCAGAGCCUCGCUUUGGGAGCCCUUGGACCAUCGCCGGAAAGCGAAUACUGGAUCGGACUCGACUACAUAACGGGCGACUUCCGGUGGGCAGAUAAUUCUCCCCUGUGUUGGAAGAACUGGUUUGUUAGUUCUGCUAACGAACCCAAUAACCUCAACUCUGAGCUGUGUGUUGCCAUGCGAGGAGGCGGGUCCGUGCCGGGGUCGUGGCUCACUAAAAGCUGUAGUAGAACCUUCGGUGUGAUAUGUGAAGUAGCGCCCGCAGCCAGGGAUAACCUUUACAAUAAAAUGGAAGACGUCACGCCUACCGGAACAGCUCUUACGUCAUUUCCGGUCACUACGGAAACAGCAUGUGUCUGGCUCUGUGAGAUUACCCGCGACUGCUUGAUGGCAGUGUAUGAUGGAACGUCAGGAAAUUGUUCUGUAUAUAACUGUCAGAGUCAGGUGACCAGUUUUCUUGGACGACGCACGUGGAUGGGGCAGUAGUGGCUUCGAAUAAGACUGGGCAGUAGUCCCUAUAUAUUCCCUUUUUGUUUUGUAUUAGUAAUUAAAAUAAUGAAGUGAAACCGCAGCUACUACUCAAAUAUUAUUCAUGUCAUUGAUUUCUCUGACACUAAUGUUAUUGACAAGAUUCAGGAAAAACAUGGCAAAUAUGCAGACCUCGUUUACGAAAUGUCACACUUGAAUAACGAGUACCAAGUUGUCCGAUUCCCAAUUGUUCUCGGUGCCUCAGGUAUUGUACCUCAAAAUCUGUUCACGGACAUUAGGAGAGUUCCCGGGUUUGCUGCCAUGAAAACAACCCUUAUGAGACUCUGGGUAAUGCAGAAGGCUGCAGUGUUGGGAAGUCUUCAUAUUCUCCCAAAUGUUUCCGUUGGAUUCGACAAGGCAGCGCUUCCUGGAGAAGUCCCAUUCGCUACCCACCCAACGCGCUAGGGAACA